AUGGCGCCUCCGACCUUCGCAGUGGCCGUGCUGAUGCUGAUGCUUCCAGCAUCGGCACGCCGGAAUAAGGAUGACAGCUUCGCCAUGCAAGCCUCGAUGUCAGAAGCCCGCGAUCCAGAGAGGGAUCUUGAGUUUUGGCUCACGAGCCUGAAAAUGACCCAAGCGGAUGCUCAGAAAUGGGCAAAGAAGGAGUGGUGGUACAUGGAGACAUGUGGUGCCUCGCUCGGAUAUCUCCAGCAGCUUCAUUGGGUGCUCAGCGAGAAGAUGUACUUCGACAAGGGUGCAGCGGUUCCGGUGGCGUUUGAGUACGCAAAGAAGCAGCUUGACCCAGACCAGCUCUUCGCAAUGUACGGCGUUCUCAACGACAAGCUCGGUCUCAGCAAGGAGGAGGCCCGUUCGAGAGCUCCCGAGCUUCUCGAGAAGGAUGCAUCCGCCACACAACUCAGCGGUCUCUACACAGAGAUGACGGCCGGCGCGAGCUGGCUGAGUUGGCUGGUGAAGAGUCCGAAGGAGGCCCAAGGGCUAGCAAUGGAGUCGGCUGCCGCUGGCUGCGAACCUGACAAGUUCAAGAGUGCGUACCAGGCCAAUCAUGACAAGAAGACGGCUGCCGAUGAGGCAAUUCGUGCCUCCUUCGACACGCAAGCCUAUCGCUAUGCAGACGAUGGUAGGUACUACACGGCCUCCCAGUUCAAGGAUUACUAUCACGGUGAUUGGGUCGCGAAGUGGACGCAAAGUGCAGUAGCACAGAAGGUGGCCGAGGAUGGCAAAGCAUACUCCGCUUCGCAGUUCAAGGAGUUUUUCAAGGAAGACUGGUUGUCCAAGUGGAAUGCAGCAGCGUGGGCAACGCAAAGGCGCAUUGCGGAGGACGGUAAGGUCUACACAUUGGACGAGUUUGUCAGCUACUUCACAUCCGAGUGGCAGCAGAAGCUCGGUUCUUUUACACUGAAGUGGGCCGAAGCACCGGUGGCACUUUGCAAAGAGUGCAAAGCAGCCAGCCACGCCUGA